CCCCGGGCGGGUGGGAAGUACCUGCCGCCAUCUUGCUCACCAGCCUCCAAAAUGCGGCUGGGGCUCCUGAGCGUGGCGCUGUUGUUUGUGGGGAGCUCUCGCUUCCACUACUCGCCCUCUGGAAGGCACAGGCUCGGCCCCUCGCCGGAACCAGCCGCUAGUUCCCAGCAGGCUGAGGCCGUCGGUGCAAGAGGCUCGGGGCGGCGGAGGGAGGGAGGGGCACGUGCAAAGGAUUGUGGAACAGCACCGCUUAAGGAUGUGUUGCAAGGGUCUCGGAUUAUAGGGGGCACAGAAGCACAAGCUGGCGCAUGGCCGUGGGUGGUGAGCCUGCAGAUUAAAUACGGCGGUGUUCUUGUUCAUGUAUGUGGGGGAACCCUAGUGAGAGAGAGGUGGGUCCUCACAGCUGCUCACUGCACUAAAGACGCUAGCGAUCCUUUAAUGUGGACAGCUGUGAUUGGAACUAAUAAUAUACAUGGACGCCAUCCUCAUACCAAGAAGAUAAAAAUUAAAGCAAUCAUUAUUCAUCCAAACUUCAUUUUGGAAUCUUAUGUAAAUGAUAUUGCACUUUUUCACUUAAAAAAAGCAGUGAGGUAUAAUGACUACAUUCAGCCUAUUUGCCUACCUUUUGAUGUUUUCCAAAUCCUGGACGGAAACACAAAGUGUUUUAUAAGUGGCUGGGGAAGAACAAAAGAAGAAGGUAAUGCUACAAAUAUUUUACAAGACGCAGAAGUGCAUUACAUUUCUCGAGAGAUGUGUAAUUCUGAGAGGAGUUAUGGGGGAAUAAUUCCCAACACUUCAUUUUGUGCAGGUGAUGAAGAUGGAGCUUUUGAUACUUGCAGGGGUGACAGUGGUGGACCAUUAAUGUGCUACUUACCAGAAUAUAAAAGAUUUUUUGUAAUGGGAAUUACCAGUUACGGACAUGGCUGUGGUCGAAGAGGUUUUCCUGGUAUCUAUAUUGGGCCAUCCUUCUACCAAAAGUGGCUGACAGAGCACUUCCUCCACGCAAGCACUCAAGGCAUACUCACUAUAAAUAUUUUACGUGGCCAGAUCCUCAUAGCUUUAUGUUUUGUCAUCUUACUAGCAACAACAUAAAGAAAUUCUGAAGGCUUUCAUAUCUUUA